UUGGAUUUAGGAAACCUCCGUUUCCUCUCUCUGUUAAAUUCAUCGGAAUUCUUUUUCUCUUUCAUGCAUUUCAAGAGUUGAGUGUUCUCUGUUUCUCUCUGAAUCCGAGGAGAAACGAAGGAAGGAAGGAUGGCAUCUGGGUUUUCCGGCGGUGGUCCGGACUUUUACGGAGGAAUCCCGGGGAGAUCUAUGGGGAAUUCUGGGACCAUGGGGAAUAACCAGCCGGCGGCGCCUUACCGAACGCAAAUCCCAGGGAUGUUUAUGGACUCGACGCCGCAGAUCAUGAACCAACCAGCACCUGGUUUUAUUGGGAAGAGAAAUCUGGGUGACUUCCAAACGCAGAGUAGUAUCUUCCUCCGGGCUGUUAAGCCAAGGAUGGAACAACAUGCGUCGCCGAUUUCUCCGCUUUCUCCUAUUGAUUUCCCUAUGGUUUCCAGGAAUUUUGGUUCCCCUGUUUCGUCUGCUCCCAUGUCGCAGCGAUAUGGGGCGUCGCUUUUCCAGCAAUUGAGGCCGCAGCCUAUUUCUAUGGCCGGGUCUGUGCCCACAACACAGCCGGAGAAUCUGAGUGCUUUUUCAGGGGUUCCGUAUGUGAACCCGGGUCAAAUACGGGUUGCGCCGCUGGAGCCGGAGAAGAAGAUGAUGAAUCGGCUUCAGGAGUUGGAGAAACAGCUGUUGGACGACAACGACGAUGAAGGGGAUGCCGUUUCUGCGAUUACGAAUACUAACAGCGAGUGGUCAGAGACAAUACAGAGCCUGAUCAGCACGAGUCCGCAGACAAUUUCCACCUCGCCCACAUCCUCCUCUACAUCGACGUCUACCUCAUCGUCAUCGGUGGUUUCCCCGGCUACGAACUGCUCGAAGCAGACCGUAAUAGAGGCUGCAUCGGCAAUUUCAGAGGGGAAAAUGGACGUCUUUAACGAGAUCUCCACGCGACUGGCUCAAGCCUCGAACCCAAAAGGUAAUUCAGAGCAGAGGCUGAUGGAGUAUAUGACAUUGGCCCUGAAAUCACGUGUUAACCGGGUUAAGAACCCACCCCCGGUUACAGAGUUGCUCAGCCAGGAACACGGUGCGGCAACACAGUCUCUUUUUGAUCUCUCCUGGUGCUUCAAGCUUGGUUUCAUGGCUGCCAAUCUUGCGAUUCUGGAAGCCACUCUCGACGGCCAGCCCAACUCUAACAAAUUUCAUGUAAUCGAUUUUUCUAUCGGCGAUGGAGCGCAGUACGAGUAUCUCUUUUACGGACUGAGUCAGAGCAGCAAGCCGGCAAUGGUGAAAAUUACCGCCGUCGCAGAUAAUGUUAGGGAGGAGAGGUUGAGGCCUGUUGGGGAGAUGUUGAGUGGAUUAGGAGAGAAGUACGACGUUCCUAUGAAGUUCAACGUCGUGGGGAGUCCAAAACUCUGCGAUCUAUCUCGCGAAUCGCUCGGUUGCGAACCGGACGAGACACUCGCCGUGAAUUUCUCAUUCAAGUUGUACCAAAUGCCUGACGAGAGCGUGUCGAUUGAUAAUCCCAGAGACGAGCUUCUCCGGCGCGUGAAGGGACUGGCGCCGCGGAUAGUCACAUUGGUGGAGCAAGAAAUUAACACCAACACCGCGCCGUUCCUGACGCGGGUACGAGAAGCAACCGCGUACUACGCAGCGCUGCUCGAGUCUAUCGACUCGACCGAAUCACCAUCAUCAUGGCAGGAUGGUGAAGAAAUGAGAGUUAUUGUGGGAGACAUAAAGGUUUGGCAUGAGUUAAGGGGGGCAGAAAAUUAAUGAUUCUUCCCCGUACAAUUUAAGAAAAUUGAAUGAGUGAAAUAAACAAUAUAAAAUGGUUGUAGAGGGAUACCAUACAUUUAUGAAAUAUUAAUAAAUUGAUAUGAAUACA